AUGUAUGCAUUCCAUGGUAACUAUGCACCUGUUCCGCCAAGUAACUUUUGUGUUCCCCCGCCGCCAAUUCCGCCACCCGUGUUCAUACAACCGUGGCUUAGCCCACAGCAAGCAGACCAGGAAUUUGUCAGAAGUUUUGAGAAACGUCUCAAAAAAGAAGCUGAGUACAGGGGCCCAAAGAUUGUUUCCAUUUCGGAUGCACGUGAAAAAAUUACAAACCUUGUGCUUUCACUUGACGAUAUAAAAAAGACAGAGAAGACUUUGAGGGAGAAUAUUGAAACACUCCCAGAGGAAGAGUGGAACAUGCAAAUGCAAGAAGUGGGAGCUAAGAAACUUAGGAUCAAAAAUGCAUUGUUCGGUAUAGGAGGGUCAUUUUUAGAUCAGAUGAAGAAGCUGCUUGCCAAGAGGCUCUCAAAAAGGUUGCGAUUAAAAAGAGUGAAAUUGGAAAGAAGAAAUGAGAAAAAAGAACUAAUAAAGCAACUGCAGGAAAGGUCAAGAAAGAUAGAUGAGAAUUUAAAAAAGAUUCAGGAUGAUUUUUUAAAAGCCAAGCAGGAAGCUGAAGAGAAAUUGCACGCUGAUGCAGUACUCAAAGACGUUCUAAGGAAAAAGAGUGAUGCAAGAAAAUGCAUCGCAAAGCUUGAUGGCUUAAUGACUCUACGUAAGGCCCGUGUAAAAACAGCUAAAGGCAGAGGAGACUCGGUGAAUAUGAGCGAAAUGAUUGCAUUCAAAAAUAACAUUGACAAACUAAAAUUACUCUGGACUAAAAAACUAGAGCUGUACGAAAAGGAGGAAAGCGAACUACGGGCCACGCUUAAACAGGGCACAGAACAGAAGGAAGUUUUGAUGGAGACAGAUAAUGAUAUCAUUACAGAUUUGAAAAUGUGGAGGCAGCAGCUCUUUGGAGAUUGCCUACCCCAAGCUAACUUCAAUGGGGAUGUGAAUAAAUUCAUUGCCACAAGAACAAAGUGGGACAAGUUUGUGUGCAGCGAGGGGUCAGCGUUACCGGUGGGAUGGGUCAUUCCGAAAUUGGAAGAU